GAGUGUCCUCAUCCUCAUCUCUCCCUCCCAAUUCCCACCGAUGGCGUUUCCCCAAUGGGCCAUAACCCUCGCCAUCGUGCUAGCGGCCGCCGUAGCCCUUCUUUGGCGGAGGCGCGGCCGGAGCGCGCUCAACCUGCCACCGGGUCCCCGCCCGUGGCCCAUCAUCGGCAACCUCAACCUCAUCGGCCACCUCCCCCACCGCUCCCUGCACGCCCUCUCCCAAAAGUACGGCCCUCUCAUGUACCUCCGCUUCGGAUCCUCUCCCGUCGUCGUUGGAUCCUCCGUCGCCAUGGCCAAGUUCUUUCUCAAGACCCACGACCUCUUCUUCGUGUCCCGCCCAAAAACAGCCGCCGGUAAAUACACCACUUACGACUACUCCGACAUCACCUGGUCGCCCUACGGCCCUUACUGGCGCCAGGCCCGCAAGAUCUGCCUUCUCGAGCUCUUCAGCGCAAAGCGCCUCGACUCCUACGAGUACAUCCGGGUGGAGGAGGUGCGCGCCCUGAAUCGCGCCCUCUUCGCCACCGCCUCCUCUGCCUCUCUCGUCACCCUCAAGGACUACCUCUCCACUGUCAGCCUCAAUGUCAUCACCAGGAUGGUGUUGGGAAAGAAGUACCUCGACCCCGCGGUGGCGGCGGAGACCAAGAUUGUGUCGCCGGAGGAGUUCAAGGAGAUGAUCGACGAAUUGUUCCUGUUGAACGGGGUGAUGAACAUCGGCGACUCGAUCCCCUGGUUGGAUUUCUUAGAUUUGCAGGGGUACAUUAGGCGGAUGAAGAAGCUGAGCCGCAAGUUCGACAGGUUCCUGGAGCACGUUCUCGACGAGCACAAUGAGCGGCGGCGGCGGGAGGGGGAUGAUUUUGUAGCCAGGGACAUGGUCGAUGUGCUGCUGCAGCUCGCCGAUGAUCCCAAUUUAGACAUCAAACUCGAAAGGCACGGCGUCAAGGGCUUCACCCAGGAUUUGAUUGCUGGUGGCACGGAGAGCUCGGCGGUGACGUUGGAGUGGGCCAUCUCGGAGCUCCUCCGUCGGCCGGAGGUGUUUGAGAAAGUGACGGCGGAGCUGGACCGCGUGGUGGGCCGCGACAGGUGGGUGGAGGAGCGCGACAUCCCCAACCUCCCCUACGUUCAGGCGAUCGCGAAGGAGACCAUGCGGCUCCACCCGGUGGCUCCGAUGCUGGUCCCCCGCCUCUCCCGAGAGGACACCCACGUCGACGGCUACGACAUCCCCGCAGGCACCCGGGUGCUGGUGAGUGUGUGGGCGAUCGGUCGAGACCCGGAGGUUUGGGACCGUCCGGAGGAGUUCCGUCCGGAGCGGUUCGAGGGCAGCACGUUGGACGUGAAGGGGCAUGACUACGAGCUUCUUCCCUUCGGCGCCGGCCGGCGGAUGUGCCCCGGCUACAACCUCGGGCUCAAGGUCAUCCAACUCAGCCUCGCUAACCUGCUGCACGGGUUCUGCUGGAGGCUGCCCGCGGGGAAGAAGGCGGAGGAGCUGAACAUGGAGGAGAUCUUUGGGCUGUCGACGCCGAAGAAAGAGCCGCUGCAGGUUGUGGUGGAGCCCAAGCUGCCGGCUGACCUUUAUUAAGAAGAUAAUUAGUAUUAAAACGUCCAGGUGUGUGCUAUUUAAUAUAUAUAUGUAUAAGCUUAAUUUAUGCGCGAAUAAAAAUGGUUUGUUUUUAGUGGGUGUGUAAAAGUUAAUACUGAAUUGAAAGUUAAUAAAAAAAAUUAAAAAUAA